CCACAAGUGAGACAGGUCCCUCCCCUUGCCUCUUGCCUCUGAAAGAAAACUCUCUGAACUCUCAAACAAUUCUACUUUAACCUUCCUUGAUCAUCUCACCUGCGCUCAACAGACAGAACUCUGGUAGUGAAACCAGACAUGAAGUGGCCACUUGGCAUCACGCUCACACUCACAUUCCUGCUGAUACUUCAGAACUUCCAACAAGUGUCCACCCAGAUACCCGAUGAAUGGAAAAGAAGUAAUGGUACAAUGCUUGAGGGUGACUAUGGAGAACAGCCAUCUAGUGAGGAAAUAGCUAAAGUACCAAUGGAAGGGAGUGAGGGUGACCCACAAAGCAAUGAGGUUACACAGACAGAACCCACGAACAGCGAGAGCAGUUCAGAAGAAGGACAAUCAUUUGGCUACUUUUUGUUUAGUGGAAGUGGACAACUGGAACAGAAGUCCUCAAAGAUAGAACAGAUCCCUGUAGCAACACAAGGGCUGCCUGUUAACGACACAGUGGAAGUUACUUCUUACGGCCCUAUUGCUACAACACCACCUCUUAUGAUCCCAGUUAAUUCAAGUUUCAAACUUUCAGAUACAUCAGCAGAAUCCAAUGAAAUACAGAACGAGUUGGCUGCCUCAAAUACCACCACAUCAGAGUCUGAGCAGAUGAAUCAAACUGCUCCUAACUACACAUAUCCUAGUUCAAAUCCAUACUCUACCACAACACAGAGCAGCCUUGAUGAACCAGGUUCUCAGAGUUUGCUCCCAGAGGCAGAACCUGCCAACAGCACUACUAAGAGUCCGACCUCCACAACAACAGAUGGGAAGGAAAGAACUACAGUGAGGCCAUCUGAACCGCCAGUAUACAAAACCACAAAGCCAAUGAUUCAACCAGAUGUUCCAGAGGAUAUCACAACUGCUGCCCCAGACAGUGAAAAUACAGACACAAACCUGACCGGACCUUUUGACUCCAGGGGGAAUUCCGAAAGAGGUUUCUCCUCAGAUGUUACAGAGCAAAAGGAAAAGAAAGGACAGGGAUGGGCAGUCGUCCUAGGCAUUGGAAUUGUUGUGGGGGUCAUUGCCUUGGCAGCAUUUAUCAUCAUAAAUCGAAGGAACAGAAGAGACUUCUCUCACAGAAAACUGGUGGAGGAGAUGUCACCUGAUCCAGUUCUCAGGCUGGAUAACAGUGAGCCACUGGACUUGAAGUUUGAUGGAUUUGGCUACUACAAUCCAGGACUACAAGGGGGCAACAUCCAGAUGACCAACUUUCCACAGGGACGUUCAAACUAAGACUAUGGGUGUGUCUCAAUCAGCUCCCUAGUUAAGUAGUCAGGGCACUGAUCAGUGAGUGGGACAUUUUUUGGGCUGUCUCAAUCGCAAAAUCAUUCCAGUGCACUGAAAUUUUCGCUCCCUAAAAAAUCCCACUAUGCACCGUAAAAACCAAGGAGCAUCCUUGCUCACUAUGUUCCCUUACCAGAAACGUCAUCAUGUUCUCCGAAGUCUCUCAAAUCUUUAGAUGACGAGCACAAGUGUAAAACUAGAGAGUCAAAGCCUUAUUUUCUCUUUAAAAGAGAUGUUGUUUGUAAUGUCUUUCAUUAAUAAUUACCAGUUGCAACAACAAAUUAACAGCAAUAAAUAAGAUAUUCCUGUUUUUAGAACAGCUACGCUGCGUUGUCAUGGUAAAGUUUCAGGCGAAGAUAAAGAGGAAGUGACGUACGUUUUUCAUUACUCCCUUCAUCAAGAGUGUUCCAAACGGCCAUACAUGAGACGCGAGUGCCCUGCUUCCUCCAGAGUUCCCACUUCAAGGGCUCAUCCCUUCGGAGGGAGUAGGGCAUAGGGAUGCUCACUUCCGUUUGGAAUCCGUCUACUGAUUCAUGACAUAGGGAGCUAGGGAGCUGAUUGAGACACAGGGUACAUCUGUAAAGCCAAAGACACUUUAUUUAAUAUUGCACCUAUGUGAAGACAGUAAUGAAGACAGAUGUAAUGAAGAAAAAGAUUGUCAUUUUUGAAGUGAUUUGCCAAAUGGAUUCAAAAGGCAAUUUUAAACUGUUCAAACAAAACUUUUUUUUAAUUCUAUUUUUGUUGAGUAUUUAAAUUGUCUGUAGAAACCAAAAAAACUGAAGAAUAACUCUAUAAUGGGAUAUACUGUAGGAAUUUAGCUUCUUUCUCAUUGCUCUUUUGCUCCUGAGGGUCAUCAAAAUAGUUUACUUGACAUAAAUAAAUAUUGUAUUAUGUCAAAACCACAGUCAAAUUUUCAAUAAAUGCUAGAUAAGAUGACACGAUGUCCACCAUGAAGACACAGCUCCUCUAUGCGCAUUAACUCUGUUUGGAUGUAUAUAAUAAGAACAUUUUGUCAAUGAAUUGGAGGAUCUACUGGCUUUUUGCUACCUUGAAUUACAUGACACAUGCAUACCACCUUUCUACCUAAUUUUUGAAGAAUGUAUUAGUUUACAAAAGCUUUGUUUGUAAUCUGAAAAUGUACUGUAAAACAAAAUAGAGAAUCAAAAAUAUAAUCAAUUUUAAGAUAUGAAUAAUAUAAAUAAAAAA